CCCCCAUUCCCUCCGGUCCUGAUGGGGGGGGGGCCCGCUGUGAAGCACAGCCCCCCCCACCCCCAUGGCCACCCGUAGGAGCCAGAGGCGGAAAGGGAGAAGGGGGGAGCUGGGCACCGCCCUGCUACCCACCCUGGUCCUGGCCCUGGGCCUCUCUCUUGCCUGUUUCGGCCUCCUGCUAGUGGUUAUCAGCUUGGGGACCCAGGCAUCCCCAUUCUCCCAGGACCCAGCCCAGCAAGAGAUGGUGGAGGAGAAGGAGGCUGAGGCAGUGAUGCAAAUGAUUUCCCAAAGCCAGAAUGUAGCUCCUACCCUGAAGAGAAGAGUACGCUUUCCCCGUGCUGUGAAGGGUCAUAAAGCUCGAACUCGAAAAGUGAAUGCAGCCCACUAUGAAGUUCGUGCAAAAGCAGGGCUGGAUGGAGCUCAGGCUGGUAUGGAUGGGACAGUGAGUGGCUGGGAGGAGGCCAAGAUCAACAGCACCAAUCCACUGAGUUAUGAUGCCAAGAAUGCAGAAUUUACAGUUACCAGGGCUGGCCUCUACUACCUGUACUGUCAGGUACACUUUGAUGAGGGGAAGGCCGUAUACCUGAAGCUGGACUUGCUUGUGGAUGGUUCCUUGGCUCUGCGCUGCCUGGAAGAGUUCUCAGCCACAGCAGCCAGCUCCCCAGGCCCCCAACUCAGGCUCUGCCAGGUGUCAGGGCUACUGCUCCUACGGCCAGGAGUCUCCCUGAAGAUCCGGACUCUCCCCUUGGCACACCUCAAGGCUGCCCCCUUCCUUACCUACUUUGGACUCUUCCAAACAGCUGCUAGCAGGGUCCUCAGGCUAGUCAUGUCUCCUGCUUUGCUAUCUCCCAGGCUCCCCCCUGGGCAAAUAGGGGGUCCAAGCCGGGACCCAGCACUCUCGGUUUCCCUUUGGUUGAGUUGGGGGACAGCCCUGGGGGUGGCAGCCUGUGCGGUGGCACUACUAACCCAGCAAGCAGAGCUCCAGACCCUGAGGGGAGAGGUGGCCCAGCUGAAAAGGAAUGGAGGGUCUCACCGGAAGGGAGAAAGGCAGCCCUUGCUGAUCCUCCACAAGCAGGGCACUGAUGAACUGAAAGAAGAGGAAACGUCUAGAAGAAAGAGAGAAGUCUUUACCCAAGAACAUCAGCACAAGAGAAAACGUUCAGUUCUUCACCUUAUUCCUAUUAACAGUACCUCCAGAGAGGAUUCUGAUGUGACAGAGAUAAUGUGGGAGCCAGCACUGAGGCAUGGUGGAGGUCUGGAACCACAAGGACAUGUUGUUGGAGUCCGGGAGACUGGAAUGUAUCUCCUGUACAGCCAGGUGCUGUUUCAUGAUGUAACCUUCACCAUGGGUCAGGUGGUGUAUCGGGAGGGUCAAGGAAGGGAGAUCCUAUCCCGAUGUGUCUGUAGCAUGCCCUCCAACCUCCACCAGGCCUAUAACAGCUGCUAUACUGCAGGUGUGUUCCAGCUAUACCAAGGUGACAUUUUGAGUCUCACAAUUCCUCGAGCAGGAGCCAAACUUGAUCUCACUCCCCAUGGCACUUUCCUGGGUUUGGUGAAACUCUGAGCAUAGAGAAAAGGAGUGAAGAUAUACAUACUCAAGACAGCCAAAGGGUAGACUAGGCAGAGGGCUAGUACUUUAGAACAGAGACUACUUCCUGAUUUUGAUGUAAUUCUCUUCCUGUUUUCCUUCUAUUCUUCCCUCUUUUCUCCCCACUCCUAUGGACAAACUUGGGGUGGAAGGAUAAAGGACCUGAUCUCUUUAUCACCUUCCGGACCUCAAUUCUUUUUGGCAUCCUACUCUCCAACCUAGCUUGUGCUACCGGAAUUCUUCCACACCAGUACCGCCUAGUGGCAAGUUAGGGACAUUACCCUCUUAGCUCACCUUAACUCUACAAUACUUCACUCCAAAAUAUUAAAUAUAUUCCCAGUUUCCCAUAGUCCAUAAUUCCUGACUUCAGAGUCCAUUUCUUACACAUUUUAUAACACCUCAUUUUUCACCUGGUGCACCAUUCUCAGAUUUGUACAUUCCAUAUUUCAUUUUCCUUUAUUGUAAAAGCAUUUAUUAAGCAGUUACACCCUUUGGACCUCAGUUUUCUCAUCUGUAAAAUGAAAGGACUGAAUUGCAUAACCUCAGAGAUCUAAAUCUGUGACCCUAAGAUCUAUGUGCAUAAGGUUAUAUACACUUGGCAACAUCAGAAAAUUACAGAAUUUAAAGCCAGAAGAUUUUACAAAUAAGGAAACUUGACUCCAAAGACACAGGUAUUAAGUAGCCUUCUCCCUUUAUCCUUCCAUACCAUAUUCCUUCCCUUGCAUACUUCAUUUACGUUCUUUUCUUGCUCUUCUGGCAUGAUGCUUCAUCCAUAUUGCUAACUAGACUUUACCUGACACUUGAAUACAACUAUGUGGACUUCACACCAUAUCUAAACCUUGCCUAGCCUCCACAGACAUUCCUUGAUGGGCUCUCCUUUUCUGUUUAUCCAUCACUCAGCCUAAAUAAGUAUCAAAUAAAAGUGAAUGUAGCAGUCA